UGACCUCCACGACCACAAUCUCUCUCUCUCGACAGACGCACCCACCACAAAAGGUGAAAAGAGAAGCAUCAAGAAUUCAUUGUGGAAGGGCAGCGUGAUUGUGAUUGUCCCUCAAAAAAGGGAGAGAAAUAAAGGACGUCGCCCUUCUCCUCCUCUCCUCUGGUUCACUCUCUCUCGCCCUCCGGAUGAAGAGGCCGUUGGAGGAAUCCACUGAAGGAGACGCGAGCAAGAGGAGGAGGGAGGGGGAGGAGGCCAUGAUGGAAGACGAGGAGGACGAUGUCAUGAAGGAAGACGAAGCCGACGAGGAGGAGGACGCCAUGAAGGAGGAUGAGCGGCAGGUGGAGGAGGAGUUCAGGCUCGAUGAGGACCUUCUGUUCGAGGUGUUCAAGCACAUGGACGCCAGGACUCUGGGGACGGCGGCGUGUGUCAGCCGUCAGUGGCACCGGACGGCCAUGGACGAGCGCCUCUGGGAGAUUAUCUGCAACCGACACUGGGCCAACACGGGCUGCUCCACCGGCCAGCUCCGCUCCGUCGUCCUCGCCCUCGGCGGCUUCCGCCGCCUCCACUCCCUCUACAUCUGGCCCUUUAUCAAGCCACCGCCUUCCUCUUCUCCUUCUUCUUCCUCUUAUUCCUCUGGUCCGCUAUCCAUCAGCAGAGCGCCUCUGAGCGUCGCCCCCCCUUCAGCCUCUGCUCGAUGGGGGAAAGACGAGGUACACCUCUCUCUCUCGCUCCUCUCAAUCCGUUACUACGAGAAGAUGAAUCCCAGCUCCUCCCAACAACAACCUCAUCUCCCCACUGGUGGAGGGAUCCUUCAGUCCCCAAAACGCUAAUUCCUGGAAGAUUCGAGCUGAUUGAUCCCCAUCAUCCAGGAAGGCAAGCGAUUGGUGCGAUGUGUAAAUACUAUUAAAGUGCUGGUCGAGAGACAUUUAUAUAUAUUCCGACUUUGGUUUGCUGGAUGUCGUAGUGAAGUUUGUCCAUGAUUUUGGAUCUUUGUUUUUGCUAUUACGGUGAUCAUGUGGAACAUGCCUUUCUCCUUCUCAGUUUUGGAGGUUUUUCUUGCCAUA